AUGGGUCGCUAUACGCGCCGGUUCACGCUUCGCGUGGGUGUUGGAGCAGUCGCCUUCGCUUGUGCCUGGGCGGUAUGUCACCGCUGGAAUCUGCGACGCAGCGGUGUCAUUUCCUUUCCUGAAGAAGUUGUUCACUUUCAGCCUCUUCCCCGGGACUUGAAGCUGCGGCAAAUGAAGGAAAGCAGCAGUUUUGAAAAUCCUUUUGAUGCUCUUAUUAUUGGUGGAGGCGUUACGGGGUUAUAUACUGCAGUAGAUGCAGCGAAACGUGGCUUGCGCGUUGCUGUUGUCGGUGCGGGUGAUUUUGCCUCCGGUUACUCUGGAACAUCUCCUCCGCUCCUUCCUGGUGCGUUUCCAUACGUCCAGCGAGCAUUGCGACAACGAGACGCGAAGUGGCUACGCCGUGCUGCUGAAGCCUGGGAAGCCCGUACAAUUUGGUCGAAUGUAGCACCAAGUAUCGUUAAUAAUAAUGUACGCACACUGGUUCCCUCUGCGCACGCGAUGGAGUUUAUGGAACUAGCCGCAACGGCAGUGGUUGCCACACUCCUGAGCCCGUUCUUUGGCCCGUGGAGGUCGUGCUCAUUUGUGAGGGGAAAACAUCUCCUUGAAGAGUUUCCCGGCGCUGAAGAUAAGGCAGUGGGGGCCAUCAUCGUGCGCGACGCGACAGUUGACGGCGCGGCGGCCGCUAUAGCACUGGCACGAACGGCUGACGCCUUGGGAGCUGUAACGCUGAAUUACGCCCAGGUUGAGAGGAUUACCGAGAUUGACAAUGAGUCAACUUCGUCUGGUAGAGCAAACUUUGUUGUCACCAUCAGUGAUGUGAAUGCAUGUUGUGGAUUGGGAGAUGUCGCUACCUCUAAAGUGGAGAUGUACACUCGUUCUAUCGUUAAUUGUGCUGGAGCUUUGGUGGACGAAGUGAAACAACUCUUCCCCGGCAAUUCAUCAGAUAACGUGCCGACAGCAGUAGAGCGGCAUCAGCUCAGCUCGUAUCUAGUGAUGCCAGCUACCGCAUUGCUCACUGGUGAGCGUAUUACGGGUUGGGCUGGUUCUGCUAGGGCGUUAAUGGCUUCGUCAACGUCAUACGCUUUCUCCUCGGUUAUGAUUGUUCCAUGGUUCGAUGAAUGUGUGUUAUUGGGGCCAAGUGUAGCCCCCUUUUCUCUCUCUCCCACCAGGGCUGCCGCUGCUGCCACAAUUUCAGGAGCGGUACCAAUGCACUCUCUUCAAGCAUCAGGCGGACACGCCAGUGGCGCGGACGACAGUACAUGUGAACGAAUUUGUGCCGCAUUGAAGGCCUCUGGUGUUGAAGUCGACAAGGGACGCAUAUUGUCAUGCAUUUCCACGGUUGUGCCUGUUCUUCGUGAUCCCUCGUCCGUUCCUUGGUUGUCAAACGUUCUGUCAGAGGGUUACCACAUUGCCGCAGGAGGAGAGAAUCGGCACCGUGUGCACAUAUAUGGUGGAUCUCUGGGGUUAGCACGGCUCAUUGCGGAGAAGGCUGUGGACAAGCUACUUAACAACGGUAUAACCUUCAAUGUGGAAGAGGUGAAGCGGCUUCGACCGUGUGAGACAAAAUGGUUGCCACUUGUUUUUGGAAGUGCCGGUGCAGGAAUGGACUAUUAUGAUUCUUUGUCACCACUGGAGCGCGUGCGUACUUUGGUGCGUGAGCAGUACGCAGUGCGACUAGUGGACGUGGUCUCACGUCGGACUCGUAUCGCAUACAGUAGCCCAGCUGAGGCGCUUGCUGCGCUUCCAGCGCUUGCAGAACUUAUGCGUGUUGAACUUGGAUGGAGUUCGCGGAGGGCGAAAUGGGAGUUGGAGGAAGCACGGUCGUUUAUCCUCGCCGCCACGGCUCUCACAUGA